AUGUCUAAUGCAAGUAUCUCAGAUGUUAUCCCAGAUUGGUUUGGGGAUGUGUUUUGGAAUUGCGAUGAUAUAGAUCUUUCUAAUAAUCAUAUAAGAGGAGAGCUUCUCACAAAAUUUCGUUUUGAAGGUUACAAGAAAGCGUUGACUUGGUAUCUUCAUCUUUCAGAAAAUUAUUUGACUAGUGAAAUACCAAAGUGGUUAUGUAGCUUAACAGAUUUAAGGCUCUUGGAUCUUUCUACAAAUAAGUUUUCUGGAGAGAUACCACCAUGUUUAGGAGAACUAAAAAAUUUGAAAGUUGUUAAUUUGGCAAACAAUCAUCUAUAUGCCCACAUUCCAAAUUUGUUUGGAUCUCUAUAUUACUUGCGUUCUCUAAGCUUGCGAAACAAUGGACUUCGAGGCAAACUCCCUUCAAGUUUGCAGAACUUAAGAAGUUUGGUAUUGUUGGAUUUAAGUGAGAAUGAAUUAGGGGAUGUUAUUCCCUCAUGGAUGGGAGAAAAGCUAACAAGUAUGAGAUUUCUUGUAUUGGAUGCAAAUAAUUUCUAUGGGGAUAUUCCGCUGCAACUUUGUCAACUACCUAAUCUUUAA